AAUGUUUUUAAGGUUGUCGACGAUGAAGCCACCACUACUGUGUUGUUCCAAAUCCUUCUUCUUCUUCUUCUUCUUCUUCUUCUUAUUUUCAUGCAGUCAGUCCAUUAAUGCCCAGAUUAAUCCCACCACAGAUCCUUCUGAAGUGAGGGCAUUGAACUCAAUCUUCCAACAGUGGGAUACACAAGCAGCGAAUACAUGGAACACAAGUGGAGAGCCAUGCACUGGAAAUGCGCUCAGCCAAACUGAUUCUGUUUUUGAGGAUCGUCUCAAUAACCCUGCUAUCAGAUGUGAUUGUACUUUCAACAGUAAUACCGUUUGUCACAUUACUCGACUGAGGGUAUAUGCUCUAGAUAAACGAGGAGUGUUGCCAGUGGAGCUUUUGGAUUUGCCUUAUCUCAAUUUCUUAAAGAUUGAUCAAAACUUCUUCUAUGGUCCCUUGCCAGCAUUCAUUGGAAAUAUGUCUAACCUAGGGUUAUUGUCGAUUGCUCACAACGAUUUCUCUGGACCAAUUCCAAAGGAGAUUGGAAAUCUUAAGGAGCUAUAUAUGCUGUCUUUUGGUAAUAAUAAUUUCUCUGGAACAUUGCCUCCAGAAAUUGGUAAUUUGAUCAACCUUCAACAACUAUACAUUGACAGCUCUGGUUUGGGUGGUGAGAUUCCCCCAACAUUUGCUAACCUUGGAAACAUGCAAACUGUAUGGGCAUCUGACAAUGCAUUCACAGGAAAAAUACCAGACUUUAUUGGCCAAAACUGGACAGAGCUUAGAGAAUUGAGAUUUCAAGGGAACUCCUUUCAAGGACCAAUUCCAUCCAGUUUUGCUAAUUUAACCUCAUUGACUACUUUGCGACUUGGUGAUAUAUACAAUGGGAGUUCUUCUCUUGAUUUCGUAAGAAAUCUAGAGAACUUGACUGACUUGGUUUUAAGAAAUGCCAUGCUCACUGGUAUUUUUCCACCUUAUAUCACGGAUUUACAAUCUUUACAAAAUCUGGAUUUGAGUUUCAACAACUUAACAGGCACAAUUCCAAUUGCUUUGUUCACUAUGAAUUCUCUCCAACACUUGUUUCUUGGAAACAACAGUCUAUUAGGUUCCAUUCCAAGCCAAAAGAGUGAUACACUUCAGACCAUAGAUUUAUCAUACAAUUUACUAUCGGGAAACUUGCCUUCUUGGGUAAACUCAGGCUUACAACUGAACCUUGUGGCGAACAACUUCACACUUAACAGCUCAAGCAGAAGGCUUUUACCAGGGUUAGAGUGCCUUCAAAGAGGCUUCCCAUGCAAUAGGAAUGCUCCACGAUAUGCAAACUUCUCGAUCAAGUGUGGUGGAUGGCAGAUGACAUCUAGUGGAAUACUAUUCGAGGCUGAAAAUAGCACGCUUGGCGCUGCAACGAUAAACGUAACCAGCACACAGAAAUGGGCAGUUAGCAAUGUAGGCUUGUUUGCAGACAGACAGAACCAACAGUAUGUGGAAAACACUUUGUCACAAAUAAGAAGUACCAACACUCCGGAGCUGUAUCAGACUUCAAGGCUAUCCCCUGGAUCACUCAGAUACUAUGGCCUAGGCCUUGAGAAUGGAAACUAUACUGUAAACUUGUUCUUUGCAGAAACUGGUUUCCCGGACCGAACCACACGGACUUGGAAGAGUCUAGCAAGGAGAGUUUUCAAUGUUUAUAUUCAGGGAACUUUACAAUUAAGAGAUUUUGAUAUAUCAAAGGAGGCUGGUGGGGUUUUGAGAGCAAUAACUAGGAAUUUCACUGUAAAUGUAACUGAGAACCAUCUUGAAAUUCACCUGUUUUGGGCUGGUAAGGGGACUUGCUGCACACCAGAACAAGGCUAUUAUGGUCCAUCCAUUUCCGCCAUUAGCGUUACUCCGAAUUUCAGACCAACUGUCAGCGGUAUACCGCCGGGAAAUCCUAAGGAGAAGAACCACACAGCAUUGAUUGCUGGUGUCACAGUUCCUGUUGUGGCAUUGGUUUUGAUCCUAAUAUUUGCAAUCAUUUAUGCGAAGAGAAACACCGAAGACGAGGACGAGGAAUUGCUGCUUGGAAUCAGUCCUAGACCAAACACAUUUAGUUAUUCUGAGUUAAAAGCCGCUACCGAAGACUUCAGUCCUUCAAAGAAGUUAGGAGAAGGGGGGUUCGGACCUGUAUACAAGGGUACACUUCAUGAUGGGAAAGUUGUAGCUGUGAAGCAACUUUCUCUAGCAUCAAACCAAGGGAAAGAACAAUUUGUUACCGAGAUAGCUACCAUAUCAGCAGUGCAACAUCGUAAUCUUGUCAAACUAUACGGCUGCUGCAUCGGAGGAAAUCGGCGCCUCCUCGUUUACGAGUAUCUUGAGAACAAAAGCCUUGAUCAGGCACUCUUUGGAAAAAAUGACUUGCAUCUUGAUUGGCCAACACGCUUCAAUAUUUGCUUAUCAACUGCAAGAGGGCUAACUUAUCUUCACGAGGAGUCUAGACCGAGAUUUGUUCACAGGGAUGUCAAGGCAAGCAAUAUUUUGCUUGAUGCAGAGCUCCGCCCAAAGAUAUCUGAUUUUGGAUUGGCGAAACUUUACGAUGACAAGAAAACACACGUCACAACUCGCGCUGCCGGAACAAUUGGCUACCUAGCACCGGAGUAUGCAAUGCGCGGUCAUCUCACGGAGAAAGUCGAUGUUUACGGCUUCGGUGUCCUCGCUUUGGAGAUCGUAAGCGGCAGACCAAACUGUGACAACGCCUUGGAAAAUGAAAGAAUUUAUCUUCUUGAAUGGGCCUGGACACAACAUGAAAACAACCAACCCUUGAGCCUGCUUGAUCCAAAACUAGUGGAGUUCGAUGAAGACGAAGUUCGACGAGUGAUAGGGGUGGCACUUCUAUGCACCCAGACAUCGCCGUCGAUGCGGCCGCCGAUGUCCCGUGUUGUCGGUAUGCUUGCAGGAGAUUUAGAAGUAAGCAAUGCUACAACAAAACCAAGUUAUGUAACGGACUGGGUUUAUAAGGAUAUAACAGGCAGCUUCCGGAAUGAUGAAUCACAAACGUCAGAUCACAGCAGCAGCGACAACAUGAAGAAGAAGAAUAGUAUUUCAGGUGAAGGUGGUCAACCAAUUCCCUCUCCAAUUAAUAUUACGGGAUUCAAUGAGAUUAUCGGAGAAGGAAGGUGAUACAUGUCUGUGCCAUGCUUGCUAUAGUACCAUAUCAGAGUAUCUUUAGA